AUGGGGUCUAUAACACUCGAAGAAAACCCGAUUGAAGCAAGACUCUUCAUCAAUGGCGAGUUUCGGCCCUCGUCGAAUGGAAAAACGUUCAAGUUGAUCAACCCUUUUACAAGAGAACCAGUUGCCGAUGUCCACGAAGCAACAGAACAAGAUGUCAACGACGCCGUGGCAGCAGCCAAAGCCGCCUUCCCAGCAUGGAGAGAUCUCAGUCCUCAGGAUCGUGGCGUCUACCUGGAAAAGCUCGCCUCUUUGAUCCGCGAAUCCAACGGUGAUCUCGCCCGCCUCGAAGCCAUGUCUAUGGGCAAGCCUGUCUCGGGGUACUUUGACGCUGGCGUGGCUGCGGAUAAUUUGUCGUGGUUCGCUCAGGCUGGUUGGAGUGUACAGGGUACCUCGAGCCUUAACACGCCUGGAUAUCUUAACAUGACCGUCAAGCAGCCAUACGGUGUAGCUGCUUGCAUCAUUCCUUGGAAUGUUCCGGUUCUCUUCUUUGCGUCUAAGAUUGGUCCGGCUUUGGCUGCGGGGAACACUGUCGUUCUGAAGAGCAGUGAAAAGGCCCCAUUGACAUCUGCCUACGUCGCCAACCUCGCCGCAAAGGCCGGCUUCCCACCUGGCGUUCUCAACGUCAUCUCCGGCUUCGGUGCACCAGCCGGCACCACCCUCUCCUCCCACAUGGACGUCCGCUGCCUCAGCUUCACCGGAUCCUCCUUCACAGGGCAAAAGAUCCAAGCCGCCGCCGCAGCCUCCAACAUGAAACACGUCCACAUGGAACUAGGCGGGAAAUCGCCUGCCGUCAUCUUCGAAGACGCAGACCUAGAAACCGCCGCCGCACAAACACAGUUCAGCAUCAAGUUCCAAAGCGGACAGACCUGCAUGGCCAACUCGCGUAUCUACGUGCAGGAAUCUGUCGCUGAAAAGUUCCUGGCCCUGUUCAAGGAGAAAUUCGGGGCUGCGGUUUUGGGCGAUCCCUUGGAUUCAACGACUUCUCAUGGACCGCAGGUUGAUCGGGUUCAGUACGAAAAGGUCAAGUCGUAUCUUGCCAUCGGUGACAAAGAAGGCGCGAAAACACUCGGUGGAGACGCUGAGAAUGGAAACUUUGUCAAUCCGACUGUGUAUGAGAAUGUUCCUGAAGAUUCACGGAUUAUGAAAGAAGAAGUCUUUGGUCCCGUGGUCGUUAUCAACACCUUCAAAACCGAGGCUGAGGCUGUUGAGAAAGCGAACAAUACUGAGUUUGGGCUGUACGCUUCGGUUUACACCAAGGAUCUUGAUCGCGCUAUGCGAUUGUCCAAAUCGCUCGAGGCUGGCACCGUGGGCGUCAACUGUGCCAGCCCAACUACGGCUAAGGAUAUGCCUUUUGGAGGAUUCAAGAUGAGUGGUACUGGCCGAGAGGGCUGGUUCAAUAGUCUGGAGAACUAUUUGGAGACCAAGACUAUUUUGAUUAAAAUUGGAUCGGAAUAG